AUGAGAAGAAAUAAUUUGAAACUCGUGGAGAGUUUGAUGAAUUCAAGUCAAAUUAAACAAGUGGUGCAACAAUUGAUGAUGAAUGGUGUUGCAACUAAAUCAUCUUUAUCAUUACAGAAUAGAAUGAUGGAAAGAGGAUUUUCAAUGAAGAUUUCUCCAAUCCGAUCAUCAGUGGCCAAUACAUUGAAUAAUCAUCAACAACAAGAGAAACAACAAGAAAAACAAAAUUCUACUAAUAAUAAUAAUGGCAAUAAGAAGAAGAAAUCAUUCUUUGGGAAAUUAUUAAUGAUUGGUGGAGUGAUUGGUGGCUUACUCACUGUAGGGUAUUAUUAUGCCAAAGUAACAGAGAAGGUUUCUCAUGAAAAGUUUAAUGACAAGUCGUUUACUUGUGUUCAUAGGGAUGGAAAGACCAAGAAGGAAAUACUCUCUACCUAUAGACAUCACUUUCAAAUGAGCAUGCCACCUAUUGCAAUGAGUAGCAAUAUGUGUGUGGUUGAUUUGGGAAAAUCGGAAUUGAUGAUAUAUAAUCCAGUUGAAUUGACAGAUAUUGUAAAGAAUGAAUUGAAGAGAUUGGGAAAGGUGAAAUUAAUUAUUUUACCAAACAGUUCACAUCUCAAGUAUGCUAGUCAAUACUUGAAAUACUUUAUAUUGGAAAAUAAGGAUGGAAAGUUGGAAAAACCAUUCAUCUAUUGUCCAUAUCCAAACAAGCAAACAGUGAUUGAUAAUUUAUAUUCCAAAUUAUCGGCCGAAUAUCCAGAAUUGAAGAAAGAAGAUGUUGCCAAAUGCAUUUACACACUCCCUUCAGACAAUAGCACAACUCCAAGAGAAUGGCCUCGUGAUUGGCAAACACAAUUUGAUUUACAAGUUGUGACUGGAUUGAAUUUGAAUGAAGUUGUAAUGUGUCACAAGCCAACAAAGACCUUGAUAGCUUGCGAUACUGUAAUGGAUUGGAAGGAACCAAUAACUAUCAAAGUUGAUGAUCCAAAUCAUACACCAGUCAGUGUACAUUAUGGAAAAUUAUUGGAUUUGUACGGAAAAGGACCAACAAUACCAAAAUCAUUUAGAGCUUUAAUUACUGACAAGAAUCAAGCAGUUCAGGAUUUUACCAAAAUCUUCACUUGGAAUUGGGAGCAUAUAAUUAUGGCUCAUGGCAACAAUUUAAUUACACAAAAUCCAGAACAAGUUAGAAAACUCAAAUUGGACUAUUCUGAAGCAUUGUCAGAGAACCUUAAACUGUAA